AUGCAGCAAUCACUGUGCGAGCCGCUCCGCGUCCCUGCCCUCUGUCUCCCUUACUCCAAUAGCAUGGAUGCUGCGUCACAAGUGCGCAUAGAUCAGAGGCGGACGCCGGCUACUCAUACUGUGACCGAUCUCGAUAGGAUCUCGCGAGCUCUUGAUCAAUCGUUCUUACUUCGGGUCUUCGGGCAACAGAUAAUUGAUCUUGUUGCUUCUCAGACCCUGGUGCUCUUCUCUAGCUGCUGGGCAGUGGUCGGGUUUUGCCCUCUUGUCACAAUCUUUCGCGUCCGGGUGCGCCGCCCCAGCUUCUUUGCCACGACUUCUGGGCUCGUCUCGCCUACUCUCUUGAAUGAAGCCACGCUCGCUGCCCAAUAUCUUGCACUAGUGGCAUACUCGCACUGUUGGGACCUAGUGCUGUCCUUCUCUGUGCUCCGUAGACAUGGGACUGCCGGAAUGCCUGUUAGAGAGAUCUCGACGACUCUGCUGCCCACACAAGACAGAAAUCUCUUCUCGAUCUUCAUAAUCUGGACUGAUACUGAAGCAUGGAGCCUCUGGGUACAGCUGGCUCUAACGUCUUGGAUCCCUCAUGUUUACUUGUCGGCGUCUCCUGCGAUUUCUCAAGCUCAGGAGAAUUGGAUGGUUCGUGCUCGAGAGCAACGCCCUGCGCGCACCACCCGAACUCCGAGACCAACGUCCCUUCGUAUGCUGGUGAUGCAACAAGUGCAGGCGAACGCAGCCUUCUCAACAUGCACGUCACAUGUGUCGAAACCCGAGACAGACAAGGCUCUGGCUAGCUCGAAUUCGCAGUCCACAGAUACAAGCUCUGACAGUCUGCAGGAGAAAGAUGUAUCUGAUAACCCGCGUAAGCGCGCUAGGACUGUGCCAAGCAAGUCCGCGGACACUCCUCAGAGGCGCAAUUUGCACAACCUGCAGCCGAACCCUGGUGCGUCGUUCUUUGGGCGCCAAAUAAUGUCGCAGCACCAGAAGGCGCCGAAUGGACAGGGCAAGAAGUUCCUGCCUCCCCGGAUCGACAUGGUUAUCGAACAAGCCGUGCAAGCCGCCACGGCUAGAGGUGUCCCAGCGAAUUGUCCGCCAAUGAACAGUCCGAGACCGUUCAUGCAUGGAAGCCCUGUGCAUGGACCGUUUAUGCAUGGCAAUCCGAUGAACGGCCCUCCAAUGAAUGGGUUUCUUCCGAGAUCUCACUCGAUGAAUGGACCUCCUCUGCACAGCUUCUCGAGUCAAGCUCCUUCUAUGCCUCGACUGAUGGACGGGCGUCCAAUGCCUGGCCCCUUCCCGAGCGCGAUGCACUACAGGGCCCACACGCAUGCUGGCGGCACUCUGCCGAUCAUGGGUUUCGGGCGGCAAACGCCCCAGGGAUACCAGGUCGUCAUACCUCAGGCACAGUUUGCGCACUAUCUCCAGCAGCGACACUCGCUGCCGAUGCCUCCUCCGCAGUCCCACCGCCCUCAGGCGCAUCCCAUGCACUCGCAUCCGAUCCCACCAUAUCUUGCACGCGUCUACUAG